AUGGAAGUGGUUAAGGACAUCACGGAGACGGCGGCCGUGGACCUGGGGGACCUGCUGGACGCCGCGGAUGGCGCCGUGGUGACGCUGACGGCGGGCGACACGCGGCUGUUGGCGCACAGGGCCGUCCUGGCGGACAGGAGCCCUGUGUUCGCCGCCAUGUUCGCCCACGACACCCUCGAGGCCAGCAGCGGCGCGGUGAGCAUCCCGGACGUGGGGGGCCCGGUGCUGAGGCAGCUCGUCUCCUACCUGUACACCCUGCGGGCCCCCCAGCUGCCCGGCGCGGCCCCCCAGCUGCUGGCCGCAGCGGAUAAAUAUGGGGUGUCGCGGCUGAAGGCGGAGUGCGAGCGACAGGUGGCCGCUCAGCUGACUGUUGAGACCGCGGCGGCCGCAGCCGUCCUCGCAGUCCGCCACUCCUGCAGUGACCUCAGCCGAGCCGCCAUCGAAUUUAUUAAGGCACGUACCCACGAGGUGAUGGCCACUCAGGGGUGGGCAGAUGCGAUGCUUCAUCAACCGAAGGACUUGAUCGAAGUGAGCCGGUUGCUGUAUGAGCCACCACCACAAAGCAGGUAA